GCGACCCGGCCGCGGCGGCUCAGAGCGCGGCUGCGGCGGGCGCGGGCGGCGGCGGCUCCCUCCCGUUCGUCCGCCUUGGGACCUUCGCCUGCGCGCCUACCCGCGGGGGACAGCGCGCGCUCCGGCCUGCAGCGGGGGCGGGGACACCAGGCCCGCGGCCCCGCCGCCCCCCACGAUGAGGAAGCCGAGGCACAGAGAAGGAAAGUGAUACACCUCUUUCCUCAGAACCGCGGGAUCGCGGUGCAGGAACCAGGUGGUUGGCCACCAGGCCCAUGCCCUGAGCCGGGGAGGCGCCCCUCCGCCAGCAUGCCGUGGGACACGCGGCGGCCCGGGGGCGGCGCGGACGGUGGGUCCGAGGGCGCGGGCGCGGCGCGCUCGCGGGCGCAGAAGCAGUGCCGCAAGUCGUCGUUCGCCUUCUACCAGGCGGUGCGGGACCUGCUGCCCGUGUGGCUGCUCGAGGACAUGCGCGCCAGCGAGGCCUUCCACUGGGACGAGCGCGGGCGCGCCGCCGCCUACUCGCCGUCCGAGGCGCUGCUCUACGCGCUCGUGCACGAUCACCAGGCGUACGCGCACUACCUGCUGGCCACGUUCCCGCGGCGCGCGCUCGCGCCGCCCAGCGCCGGCUUCCGCUGCUGCGCCGCGCCUGGGCCGCACGUGGCGCUGGCCGUGCGCUACAACCGCGUGGGCAUCCUGCGCCGCAUCCUGCGCACCGUGCGCGACUUCCCGGCUGAGGAGCGCGCGCGCGUGCUGGACCGGCGCGGCUGCAGCCGCGUGGAGGGCGGCGGCACGUCGCUGCACGUGGCCUGCGAGCUGGCGCGCCCCGAGUGCCUCUUCCUGCUGCUCGGCCACGGCGCCUCGCCCGGCCUGCGCGACGGCGGCGGCCUCACGCCGCUCGAGCUGCUGCUGCGCCAGCUGGGCCGCGACGCCGCCGCGGCCCCCGCCACCACACCCGCUGUCGCUGCCGCCGGGGCGCCCGCGGAGCCGCGCCAGCGCCGCCUGCUGCUGCUCGACCUGCUGGCGCUGUACACGCCCGCGGGCGCCGCCGACCCGGCCCGCCGCGAGCUGCUGGGUGACCGGCCGCGCUGGCAGCGGCUGCUGGGCGAGGACAAGUUCCAGUGGCUGGCGGGCCUGGCGCCGCCCUCGCUCUUCGCGCGCGCCAUGCAGGUGCUGGUCACCGCCAUCUCGCCUGGCCGCUUCCCCGAGGCCCUGGACGAGCUGCCGCUGCCGCCCUUCCUGCAGCCGCUGGACCUCACGGGCAAGGGCUAGACCACGGGGACACCCUGGGCGCUGGAUUUUUGGAGAAUACUAUUUUUCAGGGCGUUGUACUCGGCACUUUACAUAUAUUGGUCUCUCUACAGC